GGCUCAAGGCAGAUAAUGGAUUUAACUGGAGUUUUCUUGGUCCCGUAUACUUCCUCCUUGCUGGCAACACCAUACUCUUCCUCACCAUCCUCAUCACUCUUCACUCUACAUUGAAGGGGGCACCCAGCGACGUGUCAAAGGUCAAGUACACCAGAGUCAUGCUGUUUAAAAUCAUGGUCCAGUUCGUCAUCCUCGGCUGCCCCUGGGCACUGGGCCUAUUCGUGGACCAUGGCAAGGUUCUAGAGGUUCUCUUCUUGUUCCUCACCUCACAACAGGGAACUGCCAUCUUCCUGGUCCACUGCGUCCUCAACAUCGAGGUGCGGCGCCAGUACAGGGUGUGGUGGAAGAGGUUCGGGCCGUCCAGCAAGCAGGCGGACUCCAGCACUGGUACCGGAGCUACCCUCUCCACCUCUCAACCUGCAGUUCCACUCACACCAGUAGAGAGCAGGGACUCAGGGAACAAGAGGGAUGUUGCAAGGCAGAUGGGCAAUGAAAACAAGAGGGACUAGCACACACACACACACUUUUAUACAUAUACACACACACACUUUAAUAUACACACACACA